ACUGCAUUUAGGAGCUGAACUAGUUAUGUUGUUGUUUUGGAUUUGUUAUCAAAAUUCACAAGUAAAUUAACUGAAAUUCCACAAAACGGAAAGAAAUAAUCAUCAAAAAAAGACGAUCAAUUGUCAGUGGUAUCUCGUAUGUAAAAUAGUAAACAGAAAAAUAGCGCCAAAAAAUAAGGAUUGUUUGUUAUCAGAGAUUUCACGAAUGUUGUUGUUGUUUUCCAUUUCAAAACAAUCAUUAAGCUAGCAAACCAAGCCAAGACGUCACACUACUCCAGCACUUGAGCAAUGCGAAUUCGCCAUAUUAACUAAUUGGAUUAGCGUUGUGUUCGGUUCUCAUUUAACUUGUAUAACGUCAGGCAAGUGCAGCAACACGACGUUGUUGGCGUGAGGCUGAUUUAGUCACUCAAGGCAAUUGCAAGUGCAGAGCAUUCGAGGGGAAAGCGCGGUAUGCCAAACGUUCGCCUUGCAACGUUGAGGAGCGAGCCAUCGGAUUUUUACAAGCAAACGAUACGCUGAGACUGAUACACAGCUAUCCUCUUAUCCGCUGGUUAACCAGCAAACCCAACGCCAUAAAAUGUCUCUACUGGCAUACGAUGGUGGCGUCGACGAUGGUAACUCCAGCGACACCGAACCCGAUGAACUCAUUGAUUUCACCGCCAUGCUAAUGGAGCAGCGACAACAUGGCGACAAUGAUGGUGAUUGCAAUGACUCCAGCAGUUGGCUGCAUGGAGAUGGGGACAAUAAACUGCAAUCGCAAUCACUGGAUAAUCAGGGUUACUGCCUGGGACAAUAUGUGUUGGGAGUACUGGACUUUAGCUCGCAAUAUGGCAUCGACUAUAGCAUAUCCUAUACGGCCGCCAAUGUAAUUGGUAGACCGACCAAAUUUCCUGCGUAUGGCGACUAUCCCGAGACCUUUACUAUGCGUACCUAUGGUGACUGGUGGCAGUGCGCUCCAUCAUCCAUGCGAGAGAUUCAAUCACAGAAUUUGCCCACGUUGCCCACACAUGAUUUUAUUGUUGUCUACUUCGAGAAGUUUGUGGUGCCAACGGAAGUGGCCAUUUUCGAGACAUUCAAUCCGGGCGGCGUUGUGCGAAUUUGGGCAUACAACAUCACAAAGCAUUGGACCUGCUUGUGGGAAGCAAAGAGCAGUGAUAUGAUUCAGCCUCGGACUCGAAGUAAUUACGCUCUACGCGACUCUCGACGCUUUGCACCGCCUUUGAAGAAGACCAACGUUAUAACUAAGACAUUGCGCAUCGAUUUCAAUCACAGUCAAUUGAAUUACUACACUGAGAUCGAUGCCAUCAUGUUGUGCGGACGAACUGUCUCCAUGCGUAGCAUGCAACAGCUCAUUGCAACGGCAUCUGCAUCCGCAUCCGCUUCCGCAGGUCUCCAGCGUCUUGAUGGCUCUCGAGAGGUUACAAGUGGCGGACCCAUUACCAACAAGCUGCGCACGCUUAAGUUUCAACCGAGUUGUCGUGAAAACUAUGCCGCCAAAUUGCAUGAAUUCAUCAACAACGAUCUGAGCCAGUUUCUAAUAGAAAACAAUUUGGAGCCCGGUCAGCAAUUGAAUAGUAGCGCUUCACAAACAUGUUUAACGGAUCUGCCGUUUGAAAUACUAUUGAAAAUACUUAGUUACCUGGACCUAAAGUCACUCUUCCGAAUGGGUCAAGUGUCGCGUCUAUUCUACGACAUCUCCACACAUCCGCUGCUAUAUGGAGAGCUGAGUCUAAAGCCUUACUGGCAGUUGACCAACUCGAAGCUUCUUUGCACGCUGGCGCGACGUGCAACAAUGUUGCGUAAACUCGAUCUAUCAUGGUGCGGGGGAUUUGGUGAAGUCUCACCCACCGAGUUUAAAAAAUUUCUAACCCAACGAGGUGAUAAUCUGACCCACUUGCGAUUAAACUCUUGCAAAUUUCUGAAUGCCAGCUGCAUUGAGACUGUGGGCAUAGUCUGUGAUAAUCUGAUAGAAUUAAGCCUUCGCAACUGUGCCAUCGAUCCGCCGUUGUUGAACUUCUCGUGUCUGGCCAAUCUCAAGAAUUUGGAGCGCCUUGAUCUUUUCCAAACUGCAUUUGAGUCCGAGCUAUUAUUGAGCAUGCUCGAAGGCAAUCGCAAGCUCAAGCAUCUGAAUUUAGCAUUCUGUGGUGUCUCGGUGAAUAUGGAUAAUGUUGCUACACAUCUCGGCACUUACAACACACAGCUUGUAUCGCUGGAUAUGUGGAAAGCUCAUUUCUUGUCCGCACGCGGCCUGCAAUCUCUAGCUCGAUGUCAGCAUCUAGAGGAGCUCGAUCUUGGCUGGUGCCUGCGUGAAGCAACUUUAGGAGAUAGCCUUCAUCAGCUUCUAUCCAACUGUCCCAAAUUAAAAAAGCUCUUUUUGUCGGCUGUGCGCGGCAUUACAGAACGUGAUCUCGUCCAUAUAGCAACAUUGGGCAAAAAUCUUGAACAAUUGGAUCUGAUGGGAAUUCUUAACAUAACCCACGAACGAGUUUAUGAUAUUUUGGUUCAUUGUACGAAGCUUCAAUUGCUGGAUCUCAGCUUUUGCGACAGUAUUAUGGAUCGUGAUUUGGAUGUGAUUGCGGAUUGGUCGCGACUCUUCAAUGUGGAUAUCAAGAGCAGUCGCAUCUAUAACGCUAGGUAGUCUCGACUAGGAGGAUUACAUGCUGUCUGUGUAAUACUAGGCUAAAUCACCGAGUAAUUUUUAUAAGUAAACGUUUGCGGUAACAUGUUUCAAUGAUAUUAACUAUAGAAUCUACUGUGUGAAUAAAUUUGAUAUUAACUUGCAUUGCA